AUGCAAGAGAGCAAUGUUACAAAUAAUUUACGCUCUAUUUUAUUCCCAACUUCGCUAGUUAGAGCAGCGAGUAGCUGGUUCAACAAAUUUACCCAUCAUUUAAUCACCUCUUGCGAACAGUUGUCUAAGGACUUCAAGAAAAAGUUCCAGGCAGUAAGGGAUAGGCGACCUAAGGCGUCCUCCCUCACUAACAUAAAGCCGCAGCUGGGCAAGACGCUUAAGGGUUUAUUAAGUCAUUUUAGCACAGCUACUGCGAGGGUUAGAAACUUGCAUGAUAGUACCCAGCUUACUACUCUUCAGGUAGGGAUCACGACUGAUCUUGCCAUAGCUGGAGGAGAGUUAUGGGAUGACCUGCAGGGUUGCCCAGUGAAAUACAUCAGCGAGUUCAAUGAAAGAGCUCAAGUUUUUGUUCGAAAAGAUGAAGUAAGAAAAGAGAUGAAGUUGUUAAAGACUGGCUCGAGAAGUAAACCCAGCAUUGUCUCAACAAGCACCGUCUCGACAAAGGCUGACAAUCCAGAGGCCUCUAAUUUAAAGGGAAAAGAUAACUCUAAGGAGUUAGCCAAGGACAAGAAAAAGCGAAAGAAGCACGACAAAUACGUGCCAAUAUACACCAUUUACACUGAGCAUAAUGAAACUCGGGAAAACAUCCAUCUCGCACAUGAGCACAGGGUCGCAUUUCGUAAACUUGAGCCCAUGAGGCAUGCGAGACAUAAGAGAGAUGCAACCAAAUUUUGUAAGUAUCACAAGGAGAUUGGGCAUACGAUAGAGGAAUAUCGUCAGCUGAAAGAUGAGAUAGAGAGUCUCAUCGCGCGUGGUCUUUUCAGACAAUAUGUGAAAAGACAAGGCAAUGGACAAAACCAGCCAAAUCUGCCCAAUAACCCGGACAACCAAGGAUUACAACCUCCUCCUCUUGAAGGAGAGGAUAUUUUGGUUAUCUCGGGAGUGCCACAUAUUUAUGGGGAAAGGAAUAAUGCCCAAAAGAGAUAUGUAAAGGAAGUUAAGAACGAGCAGUCUGCUUUUGCUCCAGAACCUUCUAAGAAAGCUAAGACCGAGGAACAUCCGAUUGUGUUUAUGGAGGAGGAUGCGAAGCAUGUGAGGUAUCCUCACGUCAACCCAUUGGUGAUUACCAUCCAGCUUGCCAAUAAAAGGAUAAAAAGGGUGUUGGUGGACAACAGAAGUUCGGUGAACAUCCUUUACAAGGAUACACUGAAGAAAAUGGGACUUGAAAAAGCCAAAUUAAAACCUUACAUGGUAAAUCUAUGUGGAUUUACAGGCAACAGUGUCGUUAGUCAAGGAAUAAUUGAGCUUCCAUUAACCGUGGGCGAAGCGCCUUUUUCCACCACAAUAAUGCAAGACUUUUUAGUUUUCAACUUGCCAUCGGCUUACAACAUACUAUUGGGUCGACCAACGUUAGUUGGACUAGGGGCAAUUAGUUCAAUUAAGCACUUAUCCCUAAGUUUGAGAUAG